GCUCAGUCGCGAGUUGAGCGUCGCGUAGUGAAGGUCCUUAAGUGUUGGUCCCGUACUUGCUCAGGCCACGGACGUUGUCGAUCGUACAUACAUAAGGACGUGAACCUUGGCGACGUCACGGAGGUGCUGGCUGAUUCGUGAUCGGCAGAAAUUCACUCGGAAUAUACCGUCAGUGCAAGCGAGUAUACGCUGCCAAAUUCAUCAAAACAAAGAGCCCGUAGUAGCCAAGGCCACUACACCCUCCCGACGACAACCGACGAAGUCUGAGAUAAAUCGGCGGUACCUGAGAUAUCUCCGUAUCAACUUGGAGCCUCCAUCAGAGUAGGGAGACAGCAACUUCGACUGCCCAGGGCGAUCCACCAGACUUCUCUGCACCAUGCAAACGAACGGUUCGGAAAACGGGAGCUCCGAGAACGGUGUCGACCGGACCGGCUGGACGGUGGGAUUGAUAAACGGACAGUUCAAGUACCUGACGGCGGAGACAUUCGGCUUUAAGAUAAACGCGAACGGCGCAAGUUUAAAGAAGAAGCAGCUGUGGACGUUGGAGGGAAGCGAGCAACAAGUAUUCCUGCGGUCUCACCUCGACCGUUACUUGGCCGUCGAUCAGUUCGGCAACGUCACUUGCGAGGCCGAGGACACCGCCGAUCCUGGAUGCGCCUUUCAAAUCCAGGUCGCAUCUGACGGAAGUGGCAGAUGGGCUUUGAGGAACAUUCAGAGGGGCUACUUCCUCGGUUCGAGUCAGGAUGAGCUGAAAUGCACGGCCAAGGUUCCCGGCAAUGCCGAAUACUGGCUCGUGCACCUUGCCGCACGGCCUCAGGUGAACCUGAGAUCAGCGGGCCGUAAGCGUUUCGCUCACCUGAGUGCGGCUCAGGACGAGAUCCACGUCGACGCCCCGGUGCCGUGGGGAGAGGAUACCUUAUUCACCUUGGAAUUCAGACCGGCCGCAAUGCCCGACGCCGGUACGACUGAUGGAAACUCGGCGCGAAGCGAAGCCGGUAUCGGUGGGCACUACGCUCUUCAUACCUGCAACAACAAGUACUUGGCUCGCGACGGAAAGCUGCUUGACUCCUGCACUCGCGACUGUCUAUACGCCGCUGAAUUUCAUGCGGGAAUGCUCGCUCUGAGAGACGUAAGCGGCGCCUACUUGGCUCCGAUCGGCAGCAAGGCGGUACUCAAGUCCAGAUCCAACACCGUUACUCGGGACGAACUCUUCUCGCUUGAGGAUUCGCUGCCGCAGGCUUCUUUCGUCGCUGCGCUAAAUCACCGCUACGUAUCCGUUAAGCAGGGGGUGGACGUGACGGCAAACCAGGACGAAAUAUCGGGCCACGAGACGUUCCAGCUGGAAUUCGAUCGAGCGACGAAGAGAUGGUACCUUAGAACGAUGCAGGACCGCUACUGGACCCUGGAGGCGGGCGGCGGUAUCCAGGCCUCGGACCACAAACGGUCCUCGAACGCCCUGUUCGACCUGGUGUGGCAGGAGGCCGACGGCACCGUCGCCCUCCGAGCGAACAACGGCAAGUUCCUUGCCACGAAGCGGUCUGGACACUUGUACGCCAAUGCCGACGCCGCCGGGGACUCGGAGGCGAGCAAGUUCUACUUUUACCUGAUGAACAGGCCCGUUCUUGUCCUGAGAUGCGAGCAGGGCUUCGUCGGCCUCAAGAGUAAUGCGAGUCCCAAACUUGAGUGCAACAAGGCCUCCUACGAGACGAUUCGUGUCGAACGGUGCGACCGCGGUAUCGUCCGAUUCAAAGGUCAAAAUGGAAAAUACUGGCACGCGGACAGCGAGGGUGUAACGUCGGACGCUGAUGUACCGUCUGACGGGUUUUAUCUCGAGCUGCGAGAACCGUCGCGCAUUUGCAUCAAGUCGACGGAUGGCAGAUACCUUUCGGCUGGUAAAAAUGGGGUAUUUCGCCUUGGCGACACGGACUACGAAUCGGCAACAAAGUGGGAAUUCUAAUGCGUUUAACACGACCAUUAAUAUUAUCCAUAUUAUUAUCAAUAUACAAGAAUGCAUUCUUUGCGUAUCUCGGCGUCGUUCAUCCCCGCGACUGAUUAUACGUAUAAACUAUAUCACAAACAUUACGAACAAUUGACAAUGUCGUAUGUACAACAAGACCUCACCAUACUUUCCUCAAAUUUUAUACCGCAGUAUACGCGCGCGCAGCUGUAUUCAAGAACGGGAGGGGGGGGGGGGGGGAUUUUAUAUCGCGCAAACAUGCAUUUUAUUACUAUUAUUAUUAUCGCCGUCGUCAUCAUUAUUAUACUUAUUAUAAUUAAUAUAUGGCACGUGUAUCGAUACGUUUACACAUCUUUGAUGUGUAAUUAACUAUUGAACGAAGUAGAAGAGAACGAGGUAUUAUAAUUCAGGUCUCAUCUCCAAUGCUUACGGUGAAAUUGGAUAUGAAAAUUAAUAUAGGUAUAGGAUCUACAAACCCUGGUUUUCCGUUUGUUGCUUUGUCGUGGGCCGACCACCAGACAAUGUAGAUUUCCACGAAGCCACAUGCGCGCUUUUUCUGUGACAGCUAAUAUUUCGUGUAAUUAAUUGUCAUUGCCCAACGCAAUCAUUUCUUCUGAUGAAAAAAAAAAAAUUGUACGUGAUACCAACGAAAUUUUCAUACUUUUCUAUGCCCCCGUAUAGAGUUACAUAAAUACAUACCUACAAUAUAGAUAAUCGGAUACAUAUUACGUAGUAUGCUACUAAUAAGGAAACUGUCAUUUUGCCGAGAUUGUGACUUCAAAGCCUUGGAAAAUUUCCAUAAAUAUUUGUUUAUUAUUUAUACAGUAAGAAAGUUUGUGAUUAUUAUUAUUAUUAUUGUUAUCACUAUUAUUACUAAAUUUGCUAUUAUUUUGGCUAAUCCCCCAUUAAAGUCAUGGAUAUGAUACAUUAUAUUAAUCAUAAACUGAUUACUGAUGUAUUUUACUUUGUAAGACUCUAGAACUUACCCGAUGGCUAUGCUAUCGUAAUUAUAUUCAGGAUUGGUUUUUCUUAUGCAACAAAAUUUCUCUUUUGUGUAAAUACAUCAAUACAAUAUCC